UCACGCUAAAACAAUUUGCAAUUCUAUCACCUGAUCGAUGAAGAAAUAAUAACGAUAUAGAAUAGUAAAAAUUUAUAGACAGAAAAAAUGUAAUAAAACCUAUUCAAUUGAAAUAUUUAUGAAUUCUAUGGAAGUUUUAGUAAAAAACAGAUAUUCUAAAUCAUAGAUAAAUUAUUACUCUACCUACAAAAUAAUAUACGACUAAAACAUAAUCAUUAACAAAUAUGAUUUAAAUAUUUGGUGAUAUGUGGGUUUUAAAUCACAUUGAAUUAUGAUGAUAACGGAUUGUAAUGCUGGAUCAGUAACAAUAAAUUGAUUUUCAGGUUGUUUUUGUUUGAAGGUAUAUGUGGCGCGAGCGCAUCCGGCAAGACAACAGUGGCGGCCAAAAUAAUUGAAGCCCUCAACAUACCAUGGGUCACAAUAGUCAGCAUGGACUCCUUUUAUAAAGUACUGAACGAGAAGCAGCAUCAGCUGUCCAUCCGCAACGAAUACAACUUCGAUCACCCGGACGCGUUCGACAUGGAGCUGCUCGUGCAGGUGCUACAGCGACUUAGGGAGGGCAAGAAGAAAACGAUGUACGGCGCCAACGUGAUAAUAUUCGAGGGCAUCCUGGCGUUCUACAACGCGGAGGUGCUGAAGAUGCUCGAUAUGAAAGUGUUUGUCGACACAGACGCUGAUAUACGAUUGGCCAGGAGACUGCGCAGGGACAUAGUGCAACGUGGUCGUGACCUAGAAGGAGUUUUGAAGCAAUACAUGACGUACGUGAAGCCAGCCUACCAGAACUAUAUAGCUCCGUGUAUGGCGCACGCUGAUAUCAUUGUACCUAGAGGUGGAGAGAAUAAGGUGGCCAUACAUCUGAUUGUUCAACACCGUGGGUUCAAGGUUCGCGAGAAACUAGCAGUUGCACAUGUGGGCCAACCUGUUCCUGACUCACUGUACGUGCUUAAGGACACGCCACAGGUGCAAGGUCUCCACACGUUCAUUCGCAACAAGGACACUGCUCGGGACGAGUUCAUAUUCUACUCUAAACGUUUGAUGCGACUCGUCAUAGAAUUCGCACUCUCACUGUUGCCUUACUCCGAUCAUUCUGUCGACACGCCACAGGGAUUCACUUACAAAGGUCGUAAAUGUGACGUAGAGAAGAUAUGUGGCGUAUCUAUACUGCGAGCGGGUGAAACUAUGGAACAGGCAGUCUGCGACGUUUGUAAAGAUAUACGCAUCGGCAAGAUACUCAUACAGACAAACCAGCAGACCGAUGAGCCAGAGGUGAGCUUCAUCUUUAUUGUUAUACGGUUCAUUAUUGUAUUUGAGUCUUCACUUCCAAAUCAACUGUGCUAAUAUUUGAUAAGCUUCUAAUAUUAUUAAUCCAAAUCCAAAUUUUCUCUUUUUUCAUCACCGCAAAUUGUCUACAUAGUAUAUUUUUAUUAUGUAAUAUAUUUUUAUAUCUAUGUUUAAUAUAAUUAAGAGUCAAAGUUUUUCGGGAUUUUCUAUAAAAAAAAUAUUUAAUAUAAUAUUGUAAAUACAUUUACAUAUUUCUUUGUAUAAUUUACCAAUCAUGGUAUCUUGCAUUUGUAUGUUUGCAGAGUUUAAAAUUUGCAUAAUAAAUAAUAGAAAAAUAUCGAUACAUGGUGUUGUAGGGAUAUAAGGCAAUAACUUACUUUUGUUAUGUUAUUUUCAUUCAAAACUGUAAUUUUUUUACAAGUGAACCAAAACGCCAUUAACUUCAUAAACAAAUUUCAAGUUAACUAGCGUUAUUUUUGUAACUGACGUUAUGACACAGACCAACUUAGCAAUUGUUUUUAUUAAAUCCGCUCAAAAUUCGAAAAUGUGAAAUUUAAAUCUAUUACUAUUGUACCUAUCGAUAAUUGAACAAAUUUCGUGUUGUACAGUUAUACUAUUUGCGGCUGCCAAAGGACAUAAAGGAUUACCGAGUGAUAUUGAUGGACGCGACCGUCGCUACCGGAGCCGCCGCAAUAAUGGCGAUACGGGUGUUGCUAGAUCAUGACGUGCCCGAGGAUAAUAUCAGUCUAGUAUCCUUACUCAUGGCCGAGAUAGGAGUACACUCUAUAGCGUACGCCUUCCCCAAGGUAAAAAUAAUAACAUCCGCCUUAGACCCCGAAAUCAACGAGAAGUUCUACGUAUUGCCGGGUAUCGGCAACUUUGGCGACAGAUACUUCGGCACUGAACCAGCUGACGACGAGUGACUAUAACCACUCCACUUAACGUGAGCACGCAUUACUACAGAUAUACCUCUCAUAUCUACACAUCUUCAUUAAAUCAUGUAAUCAAUGUCAAAAGCAAACUUUAAUUUUUCCAUUACACCGUGCCAACCAAAGUACACAUUAACAAA